ACUCACUUAAAUCCUCUAUAAGCAGUUUAUAGUAUUUCUCUUUAGAAUCUUUCCUUCUUUUAACAUAACAAUAUAUAUGUACAAACUUGAGCAAAUAUAUCUUCUUUAACUAACUUCACCCACGCGCAGUAAGCCCACGCUCCAUAAAUACACCAAUCAACAAGCAAGUGGCACAACGUAAGAAAGAAAGCGCGUGGUAAUAUGAAGUUCUUCCACACGAGUAAGAAAAAUGUUAAAAGUACAAAAAAAACACAAGAACAAAGAAAGUAAUAUCAAUUCUUGAUUUUAGAAGUGUAAACUUUAUUCUCAAUUCUUGAUAAUUAGAGGUGAAUUGAAAUGCAAAGAGAUGGAAGAAGAAGCUUACAUGGGGUAUCAAGAAAAACAAGUAAGAGUUGAAAAGUACGUGUUUUUGUAUACUUUGUGAAUCUUGAAUUGUAUACUAAGUUGAAGCUUCAAUAAGGUCAAAAGUGUCCACUUUUGCCUGCGAGAGUUCUAAUUUCUCUUCUUUUUAAGUCCAAUUUCAUGUAGAAUGAAUUUGAACUUGGGGUGUGAAGCUUCAAGCUUUAAACUUUUAGAAAAAAGGUGACAUUUUGGGUAUGUGUUAGUUCUGGAAUUUUUCUAAAGUUGUGGUUUUUUCUUGGAAUUACUGGAAAUGGAGGGUUUUUCUAAGUAAUGGUUUUGAUGGGAUUUCAGGUAUGGAGUUUUGGGAUUUGAACUUUUUCAAGAUUGUGUUUUGGAGGGAGAGUUAGUUGAGAAUUUGGAUUUUUACAUCUUAUACUGUAACAAGUUGAGAUUUUGGAGAUGGGAUUUGAUUUGGCAAUGCAAAGAUUGCUAUUAGAGGAAUUCAAUAUAGUUUCCAAGUAAGGUUUUUGGAGUUGGAGGGGGAAAAAAAACACUAAUUUAGUUGUGAUAUUGGGUUCUGACCCUGACUUUUUCUGUCUUCGAGUAGUGGGAACGUUAUAGUUUUUGGUUUUUGUGUAUGGAAUUCAUGUUUAGACAGAUAUGAAACCACCACAUCAGCAUUCACGGAUCAAUAUUGCCGAAUUGAAAGCUCAGAUAGUGAGGAAACUCGGACCAGAUGGGUCGAAACAGUACUUUUAUUACUUAAAUAGGUUGCUGAGCUUGAAGAUAAGCAAGGUUGAGUUCAGCAAGAUUUGUCUUAGGAUCUUUGGGAGCGAGAAUAUUGCACUGCACAAUCAGUUUAUCCGUUCUAUUUUGAAAAAUGCUUGUAGUGCAAAAGUUCCACCGUCAAGUCAUGACGAUAAGUUUUUGAAGCCUGGUGCAGUGCUUGGUAGUAAUGAGGCUUCAAAUGAUGCUUAUGAGCAAAAUGGAUCCUUAAAAAGGUCUUCAAGUCAACCAGGUUUGUCAAAUGGGGACAUUCUUCCAUUAUCUCCUCAAAAGGCCAGAACAGGCUUGCGUGAGCAUAGGGCUGGGGAUCACCGUUGUGCGCUUGGACCAAAUGAGAAAACUAAUCUUACUUUUCAACAACCAACGACAGAAUUGAGUGAAGAAAGGGAGGCAUCGAGUCAAGAAACAGCGAAACUUUCUUUAACAAAGAGACCACUUGAAGGUCCAGUUUCUGUACAUAACAAAGAGAUGCAUGCUAGGAGAGAACUACAAGCUCCGCUUGGAGUUCCAUUUUACCCUGUUAGUGUAGGUGGAUCACAUAGAGUAUUGCCUCUGGCUACAAGUAGUAAAUGUGUUAGCUUUUCUAAUUAUGGUGCUUUGUUGGACAACGUAACAUUGAGGGAACGCAUGGAGCAGAUUGCUGCAGAACAGGGCCUCGAAGGGGUGGAAAUCGAUUGUGCCAAUCUGGUGAACAGUGGUUUAGAUUCUUACUUAAAAGGUUUAAUAAGAUCUUGUGUUCAACUUUUGGGUGCAAGGUCUGGGCAUGACCCUACUAAGAUCAGCAAAAAGAAGCAGCCGACUUAUAUGAAGCCUGUAAAUGGUCUCAGACCAGGCCAUCAUUUUCAGGUGAUUAGCGAUAGAUCUUUAGAAGUCAUGCAAGAACAGGUUCCGCACAGCCUAAUAUCAUUGAAAGAUUUUAGGGUUGCCAUGGAGCUAAACCCACAGCAACUUGGCAAAGAUUGGCCUUUGCUGCUGGAGAAAUUAUGUGCUCGUCUCUGAGAAUAAAGCAUAUAGGGACUUUGUUGUCUUCCGAUUGAGCUUGUAUUGGUCCCUACUGGAUCAGAGGGCACUGUCCUUUCUAGGGACUUUGUGCGGCCUCUGUGUUAGUUCUCUCAUGGCCCUUUGAACCAGUCAAUAAUGGUUGAGGUUGGACUUGCCUCUUUGAAGAUGAUAGGGACCAGAGCCAAGUACUAUUUGUCUCACCUGCUACAGGUAACUUUGGCCAGAAAACCCCCAUUUAUUUGCAACCACUGAAAGGGAUUUGAAGAAGAGAAUCCCUGUUGGUUGCCCUGUUGUAUCAUCAGCAUAAUUACGUCUGAAUAUUUUCUGAAUUCUCUUGUAAUUUAUAGUCAAUGAGCAAAUUUUGAACAGUUUUGGAGGAAUAAUUGUAGUGUGGUGCUUUUUCAGAAAGGUGAAACUGAAUGAUGCAAGAGUUCAUGUGUAUCAACAACACGUUAAACAGAUUUUCGCCAGUGGCUUAAUCAGCUCACGAUUUCCUUACUUUUAAGUCAAAGCUUGUAUGGUUGUGGUCCAAGUUUUGUUUUUCUUACAUUGUUAUUGUUUAGGUGAGUAACCCCAUGAAUGCUGCUUAUUUC